AGCGCAUGCACUUCUUUCGAGCACAUUAUGGCGGUUUUUAAAAGCCGGGGAAAUGAAUUUGUUAUCCUUUUUGCGUUUACGGUCAGUACAUUCAGCACUUUAAUACACUGCAGAAGCUUGCUACAUUCGUCUGUGACACAAUCAACCAAUGUUAGCGAUGAAGGGGGUAAAAUGUUAUCUGAUGUGUCAGAUCAAGAGGGAUUUAAUGAGCAGUUAGCUGACUUUGACUACCCCAUUGACGACUACAACGUCUCCAAUCUGCAGAGGAGCGAUUCUGCAGAGGAGCAAUCAACCAAUGUUAGCGAUAAAGGGGAUAUAACGUCAUCUGAUAUGUCAGAUCAAGAGGGAUUUUAUGAGCAGUCAGCUGAUUUUGACUACCCCAUUGACGACGACGCCGUCUCUGAUCUGGAGUGGCACGCUGUAACUACAUAUAGCGAUGAAGGGGAUAUAACGUUAUCUGAUGUGUCAAAUCAAGAGGGAUUUUAUGAGCAGUCAUCUGAUUUUGACUACCCCAAUGACGAUGCCGUCUUGGAUCUGCAGAGGAGCACUGUAAAUACAACUAGCGGUGAAGGGGAUAAAACGUUAUCUGAUGUGUCCGAUCAAGAGGGAUUUUAUGAGCAGUCAGCUGAUUUUGACUACCCCAAUGAUGACGACGCUGUCUUGGAUCUGGAGUGGCGUGCUGUAAAUACAACUAGCGAUGAAGGGGAUAAAACAUUAUCUGAUGUGUCUGAUCAAGAGGGAUUUUAUGAGAAACAUCUUGGAGAUGCUGGGUAUUGA